AUGUGGUUUGAGAACAUUACGAAGGAUUUUGGGGACUUCACCAACAGUAUCAUGGAGGACACAAGGGGCCUGGCCAACAUGGUGUCGCGGCUUGCGGCGGAGAUGACGGGACACGGUGUCUGCAUCGCCGGUGACGAGGACUCCUUUUUUGCGCAGAAGUGCCCACUGGACGAGAGUGCCAUUCUUGCGCUGCAGGGCAACGACGCGGUUUACCUCGAGGAGCCGCGCGGAUUGGAGGAAAAGGCGUUGUUUGAGGAGUGGGCCCGCCGCAGCGCGUACAGUUCAGCCAAUGCACCUUGUUCGGGCCAUCUCGACCCAACAGGCGGUGGCGGAAGUGACGAGGCCGCUGUGACGUCUCGCCAACGGUUGCUAGACGAGAAUCCGCUGGUCGCCGAGAAGUACGCCGCGUUGGUGCAGGCAAAGGAGCCUCCGCGGCAGAAGGGGUUGACAGAUGCAAAAACAGCACCGGGUCCGUCGGCAAGGGAGGGGGAGGCGAAGGAGGAAAAGGGCAGAGACGCAAAGGAGAGCGGCACACCGACCAAGCCCCCCGAGGCCCCACUCCCUGGUUCACAGCGCAUCACAGAAGAUGCGUUUUUUGAUCACUACUUUUUCCGCCUGUCGCAGCUGCGUCUUUCCACAGCGGCGGAGCGACAGAAGCGAGAGGCUGCUGCUUCUGCUGCUGCUGCGAAGGAGGAGGAGGAAGCGGCGGCGAGGGCGGCUCGUGAGACGGAACCGCCUCGGGAGGAGCAGGCGAAGAAGAAGAGCCUUGCCGAACGCUUCAUGGAGGUGACCGACGAACUGGUCGGGUGGAACGCGGAGGAGCCGGUGGAUGCGCAGGGUUCCAGUGCGGGGGAAGUGUCCGGGUCCCGCGGCAACGGCGGCGGCGUUGCCCGCACCGAGGCAGACUGGCGGGAGCAAGAGGAUAGACUCACCGCGCUGGAGUCGCUCGUGAACAUUUUACAAAAGGAACUUAAUGAGGAGCGCCGCAAACUGGCAGCCGUGCUGAGCGUGGUCGAGCAGUGCGGCCUGAGCGAGGACCAGCGGCACCAACUGCAGGCUGCCAUGGCGAUGGUGGCAAGUCGGGCUGUGGAGGCAACGCCACCACCGGCCGUAUCACUCUCAUCUUCACUGCCGCUGAAGCCGGUAGAAACCGCGUCGAAGGACGAUGACUGUACGUCUCGCGGCGACGGUGCCGGUGUUGGCAGGAGCGAGGGUGACGGCGCCACGCAGGAUCCGUCAUUGCCUGUAGCGGUGCCACGCACUGGGGAGUCGCGGAUGGACCCGGCGCCUGCGCCUAGCACCUCUUCCUCCGUUGACAAUGACAGCUGGACAAAUGUGUAG